GAAACCGCUCGCCAAACCAACUGCUUACACGCAAACUCUUUUUGCUUUUAUCCGAAGUCCCGAAAACCCAAAUCGGAAUUCUCAGAAACCAUAGCUCAAUAAACCUCCAAUGUCUGAACCCAAAUCAGAGCCAUCAUCAAUCUCGGUUUCAGAGAAGGGAGUGAAAGCCCCCAAUGUGUUUGUGAGAGUGAAGGAAGAGUUCGAGGCAGUGUUACAUAGUCACGGUGAGAGUCAUGGGAAGCGCACGGAUUUGGAUGAGAAGCCGCCAAUGAGUGAGGUGAAAGCGCCCAAUGUGUUUGGGAGGGCUAAGGAGGAGAUUGAGGCUCUUGUGCAGACAAUUCAUACCAAGAAGGAAUCCGGUGGAUCGGAUUCAUGUGAAGAACUAAGGGAUUCAAGUUCUAACUCAGAGAAGGAUGCUAAGGGGCCGAGCUGGAUAGAGAAGUCUAAAAAAGAGAUGGAAGAUCUCGUGAACAAGAUGAAGUCACCGCGCUCUCAUCACCAUCAUCGUCAUCAUACAGAAACUCACGGAAUGAGUGAUGACAUUGACGAGAACACCCCAAUGAGUCAAGUCAAAGGCCCAAAUGUAUUUGCACGAGCCAAGGAAGAAAUCGAGGCCAUUGUUGAAGCUAUUCACCCGAAGAAAGAAGGAAGAUGAGGAUUGGAAACCAUCUGCUCCCCUUCUCGACGGAAAUGUUUAUUGAAGGUUUAGUUCUCCUGUCCUGGUAGUCAUAACAAAGAUUGAUAUAUAUAUAUAUAUAUAUAUCCCAAUGGAGGUUGAAUUUGAUCAACGUAUAGCGUCAUUUAUGACAAUGGAAUACUCAGAUAUAUCCAUGGUAACAGAACUAUUCUCUCUCAAGUCUGGACAUGAUUGAUUCCUAGAGUUCCAUAGCUUUUCAGUUCCUGCUUUGCCCCCUUUAUAUCAACAUCACCAUGAUAUAUUAAAUGCUGGAUAUGAGUCAAGGUUUUGAA